CGUCAUUGGUGAGCGCCUAUGCUGGCCUUCGAAAUGGGCUCGACUCCUUAGCCUUGAUUUCUUCAAUUGUCCCUCCGCAUAUCAACUUUUUAUAAAGAAAAGCCUGUUCGCGAUGACAUUUGGAGGUGAAUUGGUAGACAAGGUCAGCCAGUUGAUUUCAACACUGGUUCCUGUGCAGGCUGACUGGCUUGCAACUCUCACUUCCUGUGCAGUACAAUAAAGCUACUUGCUUGGUCAGAGGAUUGCGAUGAAACACGCUCAGGAACGCAACCAGGAAUGCCUGCCUCCUAAGAAAAGGGACCUCCUGAUUUGUAACAGCAGUGGAGGUGGAGGGGCAGGAGGAGCCGGGGCUGCAGGGGGGGGCAGCAGCGGAGGUGGCAGUAGAGCUGGUGGAGGUGUUGGAGAAGAUGAUUUGGUUUCCAUCCAGAACACUGGAGCCAACAGUGACACUCAGGGAGGAUCACCGUCGGGAGAGUGGCUGCGAGCUCAGCCAGGGCUUCAUUAUGGGAUGGAGAAUUCUGAAGGCAUGCCAGCAGUGCCAGUUGACCAGUACAGUAUGCUGUACAAAGUGGCUCUUCCCUCUGUCACCUACGCGCCUACCAGUCUUCACCCAGUGCUAAGCCAUAUCUCUCAAGCCUACACUGUACACUCCCCUCUCCUGCAGCAUCCAGGCCUUUCCUACCCUCCCCUUGGUUAUGCCCAGAUUCCGCAUUCCUCUCUCCAGUUUGUCAGUUCCCCUUAUGCAGCCGUACCGUACGCUCUACCCCCUGGCUUUGUCCCGGGAUCAUUAAUCUCUCCCUCAGGCACCAUUCCUCAGUCCCAUGCUGUCUCCCACCUUGUUCCCUACCCCUCUGUCUUACCAGAAGGUGUUGUUUCCCCACCUCCUCAAGCCCAGGUAGCCACUCAUACCUUUGCCAAAGUUUCAGCAUCAGGUGGCGUCCCACUGAUGCUGCCCUCAGAGCAAUCUGCCCAGCAGCACCUUGGUGCUGUGGGAGUUCUGCCUGCAUCAGAGCUCGGCUCUCGAGGGAUGCCACUCUUCUAUCACCCUCAGGGCGCCAGGGCGGCCACCAGAGACUCCCACAGUGCCCAGCAGGACAAUGAGCCAGAGAUGAAUGGAGGCGAUAAAGAGCAGGGAGCGAGGGAAGUCGUACUGGACUCGGCGUACACUGCCAGAAAUGCACGUCUGCUGCAGGUAGCAUCCAACUCUGCAGCCCAGGAGUACAGCCAGGACAGAGGAGGGCUGAACCGACGGCUGGAGGAGAGGGGCUCCCCUGGCCAGCGCAGCAGCCCAGACAGCGACCUGGAGGUUCAGCAGGUGGUUGGCCGUUUGGCUUUCUCUAGUCAAGUGCGGAAGGAGGUGUCCUUUGCUCCUUUAAACCUCUCUCAGAGAGCCAGAGAUCUCCAUGGAGAGAACACAGGCAUGAUUUCAGGUCGGACUGCGUUCCCCACUCACACUGCGAGUUACAGUGAUCCCAGGAUGGCCGCUCUCCAGCAGCAAGCAGGACCACCCGGCCACGCUGUGGUGCUGGCCAACGGGCAACCAGUUUUGAUUCCCUUAGAGUAUCACCUGCAGCACCACCCCCAACCCCCCCAGCAGCAACACUACCAUAUACAGUCUAACAACGCCUCAGUCGCCAUGUCCUCCCCUAACCCAGGCUUUAAAGCCUCGGAUUCUUCAGCCAGAGUGUGCCUCCUUGAAAGGGUGGAGCCGACCCCAGCCCAGCAGCAGCCCCCCCAGCAGCCCCCUGUCCAGCCGGCAGCGGAUCAGGCCUUAGCUUUGAGCCACGCUCCUGCCUCGGCUCCUAACAACCCGUCUCACUUCAUGAAGGGAGCCAUCAUCCAGCUUGCUACUGGAGAGCUGAAGCGCGUGGAGGACCUGCAGACUCAGGACUUUGUGCGCAGCGCCGAGGUGAGCGGGGGGCUUAAGAUCGACUCCAGCAUGGUGGUGGACAUCCGUGCCAGCCAGCAGAAACCAGGUCUGGUUUCGCUUCACUUCACUGUGGGGGAGCAGCAGAGCAAAGUGACCAUCGACGUGCCCCCGGAGCACCCCUUCUUCGUGUUCGGGCAGGGCUGGUCGUCCUGCAGCCCCGAGCGCACGGCGCAGCUCUACGACCUGGCCUGCCACCCCCUGCAGGUGGGGGACGUGUGUGUGUCCAUCACUCUGCAGCAGCAGCCUCAGCCUCAGCAGCAGAAACAACCACAGCACCAUAACUCGCAACAACAACAACAACAACAACAACAACAACAACAACAGCAGAACAUGUCCAGGACUUUAAGCAAAACCAAUGCUUCAUCAGGGCCUGGUCACCAGCUCAUGGGGCCCCCUGCCCCUCAACAGUCCCGGCCUCCAUCUCAUUUCAGGCUGGACCGCAUCCACAGAGAAAGACAGAGGGACGGUGAGAAGGAGGCGGUCGAUAAGGAGGAAGCCACGCAUUACGGGGCCGCUGGGCUCUCUGAGUCCCCCAUAAGACCAAGUAGGACCUCAGCAGAGCACCCCAGGAGCCACAGCAGUUACCACCUGCACACAGAGGGCUCUGCUUUUGCAGGGGCCGGGCUGGGAGCAAUGCAGGCUGCGCUAGGUGCUUCUCAGAGACGCUGGUCCUCACCUGGCCUCCAAAGAUAUGGUAUGAAGGGAGACGAAGGGCCACGCCCUCAAAUAAGCACCUCUGGCCACACGAGGCCCUCUUUCAUCCCCCAGGAGGUCAAACUGUCCAUUGAGGGGCGCUCUAAUGCAGGGAAGUAGCAUCACUUUUGGUAGCACGUGAACGAGUCUGACAAGGAGAGAAAGAGGAAAAAAAAGUGUGAAUGUAGCCUCAGAUUGUUUGAGAUUUUGCACACCUAGAUUAUACAAAAAUACAAGACCUUUGUCUAUCUGGUGAGAAGUUCUUGUUUGUUCGGUUGUCACUCAGCCAAAGGACACGAGCCUGUGGUUUCCCAGCCAGCUCAGGUCUGACAGGGAGCUGACGAGCUGAGUAGAAAGUAUGUAGCGGAUCCGAUGCCCACCAUAGUCCUCGCACACUGCAUUCCUCUUCCUCCCUCCCUCCUUUGUCGCCACUUCCUCAUUCCCAUGCUUGAGCUUACCAUCACAUUCAGUGCACUCUUGUUUCCUUUUUGACCAAAUGGUCUCUUUGGAAGACCAAGGACUAUGAAGAAUGUGUUAGUAGCAGAGUGAAGCUACACCUCGGCAGGUUCUGAUGUUUUUUAAAGAUCCCAGCCAGCGAUCUUUCGUCUCCUCCAUUCCUAAGAUCCUGUUUUCUUCAGAAGCAUUUACCCAAAAAAGGAGUGCAGUUGCUGACGCAGCGGCUCCUGCAGUGCUGUUGGCACUGUUGACGCUAACUGUCAGGUUAUGUUACAUUAUGCUUUUCUGGCAGGAGAUAAAAAACCUCUGCUGUCAGCAGAGAUAGUUUCUCCCCUCCUUCCUUUUCAGGAGGCGAGUCUGCAAAGAAUGAGAUCCUCUCUCAGGCGAAGUGUGGCACGUCCCACUUGUCUUACAAUCGAAAUAGUGAUAAAUCAAUCAAUGUGUCUGUUCAGCAAUCAGUUUCUACUAAAAAAAAAUGUGCUCAUGCCCUCGGGUUUAAUCUAUGUUUGUGAAUGUGUUUGCAUAAAAGCCAGAAAUUGGAACAAUGCUUUGUUCUCUAUGAUAAGUAGAGAUAUCCUGCAUUCCAGUAUCAUCAGUGAGAAUAUCCAUAGUGUUGUCCUUAGAAGAAUCACUUCCUCAGCACCACCCCCCUCCUCUAUAUACCUCAAAGCUCGCCCCACUAAAAGCAAAUGUGUGUUUUUCAGAGGAGGCACCAAAGCCACCUGUGAGAAUGAGUCAUGACCCUGAAUCCUCCCUGGUUGUAGAGAGAAACCCUGCAUGUGAGUGGGUCAGUGAUCAGGUUUUGUCUUUGCUCAGUUAUCAAAUGAAAGCUAUAUUUGUUUUACAGCACCCGGCCGUACGGCUCCCCCUCAGGCAGUCUGUCAUCGUGGGCUGUUUCAUAUCCAAGGUGUCAGAUCUGACCCUUUUUUAACCCUGACCUUUAAAGGUGAUGCACUAUUUUGGUGUUCCUUCAGUAAUUCUACACAAGCAAUUAUGCAUGACUAAUUUCUCAAGAACUCCUUGGAGAAGCUUCUCUUUGAUUCUCCAUCUCACUGAUGAUAUGUUAUCUCAAGUGCAUCUCCAAGUUGUGAUCAUUAUCUUCUGUCUUGUGUUUAACAAACACGGUCCUUUGCUUUUGUACUAGGGUAUAUUGUAUCCAGUGGAUCUUAUGAUGGUCUUGGAGGAUGUCACUCAUUGAUUUCACACUGACCUUGUUGAUAGGGGUCACAGUUCAGUAGGUGUUUGUCAGCAAUGAAGGGAAUAUGUUUGAAGUAUUGUUGCCAGUGUUUUGUGGUGAGAGAGCGCCAAAAGAAACUGACUUGCUUUUUUAACUCUGUUUACAAAUUAGCCAAGAUGGAUGCUGCAGUUUCCUCCUUCUGACAGAUGUUCAUCCUUUGUCACUGGAAAAUCCAAAAGGGUGACAUUGAAUAUAAGUGCAAUUAGACCACACAUUAAAUCAUUCAGAGGUUUAUAAUCAGACUGCAUUCCUCACGCAGACAUUCCCAUUGAAAAGUAAAUCACACAGUUCCCUCUUUCCUGUCAUAGAGCUUUAACCUCUGGGAAAACAUCGGGUCACUUCUCAUGCGUUAUGUUUCUUGGUUGUCAGUUCUGUGUAGUUUUAUUCUGUCCAUCAGCCACUUGUCUGUCCUCUCCAACUCUCAUGUUCUCCUCACCUCUCGUGGUUCUCUGAGUUAACCGCCUGACCCUCUGUCAGCAGGGCGGGGGUCCACAGAGACAGAGACACAUCAACUGGGAGACCCUUCCUCUGUGUGUUGUCUUUAUACGCAGCUUUAAAGGACAGGUUCACAUGUUUUAAGUCUGUUAAAACUCUUCUGACAUGCCCUAUAGAUGUAGAUUGCCCUGUUAGACAUAAAUCACUUGAAACAUGAAAAAUGGCUCAUUCAUUAUAAAUAGUGUUAUAUAACGUGCUCUAUUAUUUUAGGCAGGCCUCACUGUUGCGACCUGAUUGUGUAUUUGCAAGAGUCUGGUAAUAAGAUGCAUAUCACGAUAGAGGCGCUACACUUCAAUGUGUCGCUAUAUUGAACGGCCAAGUAUUGGGAUUUCUAAUAUAUCAUUUUAGGAAAACUAUCGUAUAACGAGCACACGGCCAUAUGCAUUCAUCUAAGUAAGCAUCAGAACAGGGAUCUGUAUAUUAUUGUAAUACUCAAGUAUCAAUAUUUGUUAAUCCUCUAUUGUAUUAAUCUAGGCUUGAAAAAUGUGAACCUUUCCUUUUUAAAAUGCUCAGCAACGGGGGUCGAAGUCAAGAACACGUCUAACCAUCAGAGGCUCAUCAAUUCAAUUCAAUUCAAUUCAAAACCUUUAUUUAUCCAGGUAAAAUCCCAUUGAGAUCAAUGAUCUCUUUUUCAAGGGAGACCUGCAUGACACCAUCACAUCUGGUUCCUGCUGUAAGCAAUAUACAUAAAACUUGCAAGCAUUUCACAGUCGUGGCAUCUUCUAUGCAGUAAACUCAGUAUUGUACGCUUUAUUGUCUUAAGCUCAGUGAAGCAGUAGGGCAGAUGCAGUCAUUUUAGUCUAAUGUCUGGUUAUAGAAUGUUGCUUUUAUUUUAAUUACCUUUUUGUAAUACAAACCAGUAUUUUGCUUUGCUAGUUUAUUUUUUUCUCGCUAGUCCCCAUAUUCCUAUAUUCCAGGAAGCUUUUACUGUCGGAGAAAAAGCACUCGAGUGUCACUCAUUUUCUUGUGUUCUUUAAGCAUUAAUUUUGCCCCAAUUGCUACACCACUUCAAUAUUUAGUUAAUCACAAUGCAUUUAUUGGGGUUGAAAUAGUGUGACGCCCCUGUUGACCCUCACUGCAGACCCUCCUGUUCUGCCUCGAGCCUUUUUCUUUUUUUAGCACGUUAAGCAGAAAAGCUUCUUCUACCAAGAUGUCCGAUAAAUCGUAUUCACAUCACUGAUCGUCUGUUGCUGUAAGUAAUUGCACUAAACGCCCUCCUUUUACAGUGUUUUCAACUUCUAACUGUUGGUAAAUUGAAGAGUUUGAAAAUGUAAAGCACACAAAAUCACGGAGAAAUUGCAGGCUGUGUGUGUUUCUGUAGAUAGCUGUUUUUUUGUUGUUGUAUAGAUAGCUUUGAUGAUGCUUGUCGAUAAUGCCUUAAACUCUGCUUUGUACAAUGUGUGACAUUGAAAUAAUGGAAUAAGGCUUCUGGUAAACGUGCGGUUCCAUUUUGAGACUAAGCAAAUCAGAAAUGUCUCGCUCUGACGCUUUCACGCUUCGGGGGACGGUGUAUUCCUUUUGGACUCAAGACAGUUCUAUGAAACCUGCCACUUUGUUAGCGUGCCGUUUUAUUCUUCUUUAUAAAUUCCUUUUUUAAUACACUCUUUUACUUGCCUUUAAUUCCUGUUGUGUGUAAAUGGAAGCUCUUCUCCGCACUUUUUACAAUGUGUUUACAAGUGUCAGCAAAGAAGGGCAGUCCAUUAUUUCCAAACACACGCUAAUGCUAAUGUUGUUUUAUGGUUGCACAAGUUCAGUAGUUUUUUUACCCUUUUGAAUUAAUGGAUAGUGUUUGAUGUCUUGUGUUCCCCCCUCCCCCCCCCCCAUAAGUGUAUGUUCAGAUUUAUUUUUGGCACAAGGCUUUUUAAGUGACGUGCAACUAUCAAAAAACAGCAUAUUUUUAUUUUUAAAAAUGCCUAAAUCUGCAAAAUAUAUGCAAUGAUGUAAAUGUAACAUUCAAUCCUCAAGUAUAAUCCAGGUUGUUGAACUUUGUAUAGUGAGUUUUAAUAUCGUAUGGCCGUACCACCAAUAUGUAUUGAUCUUUAUCAGAAGCCUUAGAGUUGUCGAGCGAAAGUGCUCCCUUAGAAUACCCUACACCUACCUGACUUUAACAAAGCAUUAAUAUCUCUUUUGUUUCAUUUCUGUUUGUACGGUUUUUGAAUAAAAUAGAUUUGUACUGUAUAUUUGUACCUCUCUGAACUACUUAGGGCGGAUUUGUUUUUGUUUUGCUGUUUUAAUUCUAUGUACUUUAAGGACACAAAGAUAUUGUAUUUUUAUUGUUACAGCUAACUUGGAGACAUUGCAUUUACCAUGUUUGUUAAGUAAACACAAUAUAAUAUAUAUAUACAAAUAUAAAUAUAAACUAUUAUCCAA